GAUCCAAAACAUGUGACAGUUCAAAGAGAGCGAGAGAAGCUCUCCGUAAUUUUUAUGCUGCAACUGACUUUCAGCGCGCGCAAAUUCAACUAAACCGGUGAAGAUCUUCCGUGACGGUGAAAACCACGCUUUUGGCUGCGUACGUUGUUUAUUUCACUCUCUUGCUUUCUGCUUUUAUCACUGCAUGCUCUAUGUUAGUAUGUUUUCAUACAUUUAUAAUCAUUUUUAUUCCAUCGAUGAUUUUAGUUUAGCUUCGAUCGUUUAGCUGUGCGGUUGCAUUUCUGCUGUUUGUCUCUCUUUAGCUGGCUUAAGUCGGGACCAAAGAGCAUCGUGUGCGUGUUGAGCCUGGAAAGGAGCGGUUGAGGAAGUGUCUGGGGCCAACAAACAGAUAAUUUGCGAUAAUUCUUUGCGUGUGAACUAGUUGUGUCGAAGAAUCGGUAGCCAUUGGCCGAAGUCCACGCAAAAAGUGAUGUUAGUCUAUUACUAACGGCCCAAGUGCGGUGGUGAAUGGGUUUCCUUGCAGUUAGACAGUGUCCAAUUUACGAAAUGUGUUGAAUGUACGGAACCGAAGUGGAAUUAUUAGAGUGAUGCUAGUUUCUACGGAUUAGAGCAUAAUUGGAAACAGUCGAACACUUGGUGAAAUUAGCUGAAAACAGACAAAUUCUUUGCAGUGUCUCAAUCAAGGAUAGAUGAGAUCUCUCUAACGAAAGUUUCCCCGACUGGACCCUUUCUUACUGACCACCAAGUGCUAAAAUGGAAAUACGAUGGUGCUGGAUAGCUUUUGUCCUGCUAACAGUAAUAUCUCACAAAGCUGGGACUCACAAUAUGGCUGGUAAUCAUCCUACGGACAGUGCAGAUAAUACUAGUAGCACAGUUAAAAGUAGUAGGAGUAGGAGUAGUAGUAGCGAUAGUAAUAGUGAUAGUGAUAGCAAUAGCAACAAGUCCUCCAAUCCAGUCAUCAUUAGUGAUAAAUUAGAGAAACGAUAUGUUGCGCCAUAUCAACCAACAGUCAAGACUAACUCAGAAGACACACCAAACGAGUUAAAACAAGAUGUUGAAUCUAAUAACAAUUUUGAUGAAAUAAUUGCCAGUACGGAGGCAGCAUCGGCCAAAAGCUUGAAGAAAUAUCUGCUGAAGGAAAACAAAAAAUACAGAAAAAAGUAUGUGUCCAACGACGAUUAUCGGCAGGCAGGCGCGCUUAACCGUGAACCCAGGGAAGCUCCCGUAAAUGAAGACGAUGCAGAAGCACCAACGACAUCGGCGCACAAAGUUAGCAACGAAUCGGAGAAACCCCAUAGUCGUAUGAAGCGAUUGAUUUGGGUAACGGACGACGGCAGGCUGGCACUUCCCCCGGGCACCUCACUAACCAUCGCACCGACAAUUGCUCUUCCAUUCGUGCGCUAUCCUCCAACGGGAUUUCUCUCCAACAUUUCUAUCAGCUUGCCAGUAACGAUUGACUUCGAUAAACUGGGAUUGACGGAUAAUCAGAAUCCGUUGGGUGUCCUGCCGCCUUUAUUGGCUCGCUCGAUGGGACGGGCCGCCGGAAGCAUUCUGGCAGAUUACGUAUCGGAUUAUAUGCGCACUAGGAGACGGAAGCGGAAUGCGCCGAACUUUUCCGGAAGUGAAAAUUUCAAGAUAACCACAAACUUCAUCGAUGGCGAGGACAAUGAGCAGAAAGCGCCAGUUUUACCGGAUGAGCAUAAACAUGCGUUCCAUGGAGGAGAAAGGGCUCUUCUGUACACGGUAGUAGAAGACUUCAUUGCAAAUUUUGGACUAGAUGGAAAAGCCUGCAUGCUGCGUGCAAUAUGUGAAGUUCAUUCGAAGCCCGUCGAGAGAUUCGGGCUGAUAGGCGAGGUGUUGAAGCUGUUUUUUACUGCAUCGUUGUCUCCAUAUUCAGAGCACCUAGAUGAAUACGUUUCAGCAGAAAACGUCGGCAAAGGAGAAUCUGGUCCAGGAGAAUGUUUCCCAUAUUACAAGGACUGCCCCAAGAGUCUCUUCCAGAUGGGAAAUAACUUCCAGCAGCGUUAUAAGGAUGAACCGUCUCACGAAAGCUUAGACAAUAACUUGUAUGAAAAUGAGAUUGAUGACAUUGCACGUGACAUACGCAGUAAUAGUAGAAGUGAAUCCAAAGAUGAAACGGUGAUACAAUUCGAGAAUGGUGUUAAUAAGAUGGCAAUGUAGGAUCGUUAACAAAUGUUGAUUAUUGCCAUAUAACCACACGGAAGGAUCUGUUUUCGCUCGUCUCGUUAAAAUUAGUUUUGAGAAGUGCAUAUAAAUGCUAAAUGCUAUAUUGUAAAACGAUUCUUCCGCUAUUUCAUGCUACGCGAUAAACGAUGCUAGUGUGAAAAUGUUAUCAUGGCAUUUUGAUCGACAACUUUUACGGAAUUGAGGAAGAGCGUAGUUUGUUAAUAAUGGAUUGAUUUCAUUGUAACCUGAAGCCCGACUGAUAUUGAUAUGCAAAAAUGCUGUAUGAUUGGCGUAAAUAAUGGUGCAUUUAUUUAUUAUUAUUUAUACAUUUAUUUAUUCGUUGUGGUAUUGCUGCUUCGCUUUUUUACGUAUAAAAGUGCAAAUAAUUCUGCAUAAAUUGUUUCAGUCGAACUGAUAUCAGAUGAAUGCUUGUAAGUAUCGCGUGUGAAAAAAGUGCCUUAGAAUAAAUAAUAUUGACCAACUUUUUUGCAUUUUCCACGAGCUUAAA